GUUGCGGUCUCCACUCUCCACCGUCAUCCGUAUCAUAUUCCCCAUAGUGCUGCCGGUGCAGCUGCUUAGUUUUUCGUCGGGAUCGAAGGAAAAACAAAUCUAUGGGGAGAAAAUUCUUCGUCGGUGGCAGCUGGAAAUGUAACGGGACCAACGAAGAGGUGAAGAAGAUUGUUACUACUUUGAAUGAAGCUCAAAUUCCCGGUGAAGAUGUUGUAGAAGUUGUUGUUAGCCCUCCCUUCGUAUUCCUCUCUCUCGUAAAAAGUUUGUUACGGCCUGACUUCCAUGUCGCAGCACAAAGUUGUUGGGUUCGCAAAGGUGGUGCUUUUACUGGAGAGAUUAGCGCUGAAAUGCUUGUUUAUUUGGGUAUCCCUUGGGUCAUUCUUGGUCACUCGGAACGGAGACAGCUUUUAAAUGAAUCAAAUGAGUUUGUGGGCGAUAAAGUUGCAUAUGCACUUUCUCAAGGUGUGAAAGUUAUUGCUUGCAUUGGGGAGACUCUUGAACAACGUGAAGCUGGUUCAACAGUGGCUGUUGUUGCUGAGCAAACAACAGCGAUUGCAGCUAAAAUAUCAAACUGGGAUAACGUUGUUUUGGCCUGUGAGCCAGUAUGGGCCAUUGGGACAGGAAAGGUUGCAACUCCUGCUCAGGCUCAGGAGGUCCAUGCCGAAUUAAGGAAAUGGAUUCAUAGGAAUGUCAGUGCUGAAGUCGCUUCAUCUGUCAGAAUUAUCUAUGGAGGUUCUGUUAACGGAGCAAACUGUAAAGAAUUGGCAGCGCGGCCAGAUGUGGAUGGUUUUUUGGUUGGAGGUGCUUCUUUGAAGCCGGAGUUCAUUGACAUUAUCAAGUCGGCCACUGUGAAGAAUUGAAUUUUAUAAUUGAGAACUGAUAUGUUUUGGAGUUGACUGCUUUGGUUGGCUUAUGGUGCUGUGCUCGGAACUUGGCUUUGGUGAACAAAGCAUCCAUAUAAUUGCGAAUUGGCUUUCGCCUUGAUCGUCAUGCCAUCAAAUGGGUUUCGUUCAAUGUCUCGUGUUUCGUUGUGCAAAAACUCUGGAGUAUUUACUAUUUAGUAGUCAUCUCAUAAAAUUUUCUAACACUAAUUUUCUGUUUUACCCUUCAUUAAAUGUUGAAAGAGAGAAUAUGUUAUUAAAA